AUGGCCCAAACCACAGUGACAGUGAGUGGAGUGGAGGUGGCUUCCUUGUCCCUGCAGUCUACCCUGAUUAACAUCCACAUCUGCCAGGAGUUGGCUCUGAUGCAACUGAUGAAAGCCCUGGGCUCCCUCCACCAGGUUCUCCCUCACCCUCGGGACUGUGGGCCUUCCAAGACAGGCAGGAGCCCCAGGCAGCUGGCUCUGGGGGUGACCCAGCUAGUUCUGGGGGUUGUGAGAUGUGCUCUUGGGGUGUGUCUCUACUUGGGACCCUGGAUUGAGCUGUGUGCCAGUGGCUGUGCUUUCUGGGUAGGGUCUGUGGCUAUUGUAGCAGGAAUAGACAUCAUUGUCCAUGAGAAGUGUCAGAGCAAACUGUGGGGUCUGCAUGCCUCCUCGGGACAUACGUCACCUCUGCUCACCCUGACUGGCAUUGCUACUGCUGUGGCUGCUGUCAUCCUGGGCAUAAGGAGCUUAAUCUGGCAACCUGGUGACUUCUCCAUGGACUGCGUGGACUGGAGGGCAUAUACCUGCAGAGUCCAUGAGGAGAAUGACAGCAAGAAUGAGGAAGGGGUCUUCCUGAGUGAGACCCAUCACAGCCUCUUGCUCUAUGGAAUGAGUCCCCAGAGGGCAGGUGUGAAGGCCCUUUGCACUUGGACUUUACCUUAG